AUGUUGCCAGAUCCCGUGUUUGCCAAUGUUGCCCUCAUCACGCCAGAAAAAGAACUACAAUGCCAAAUCAAGCUGUCCCUAGACCAAGACAAGUCCCUGGAGGAGAUCCUCCAAUUCCUCCAAAAUGAAUCAAAGGCUCCGCCUUCCAUCAAACGGGCAUUUAAGGACUAUGAAAUGGAAGCCGGCCUUUUAUUCUACCAGGGAAGGAUUGUAGUCCCCAACGUGGGAACAUUGAGAAUGGACUUGUUACGCAUCUUCCACAAUAGCCCUCUGGCGGGACACCCAGGCAGACAACAGACUCUAGAACUUGUUUCCCGGAACUACUACUGGCCGGGUAUCCAAUCAGACACCUACUGGCAUGUUGAUUCCUGUGAAACAUGCCAAAGGAUAAGGAAGCCAAAGUACACACCCUUACCGCCACAACCUUUGGAGCUCCCCACUAGACCCUGGCAACAUGUUUCCUACAAUAUGAUUGUGGACCUGCCCAAGGACGGAAAUUACAACUCAGCCCUGGUCAUUGUAGAUAGCUUCACCAAGUACAGGAUAUUUGUCAAAUGCUCCAAGAAAUUGAAAGCCCUGGAACUAGCGGAACUAUUCUUGGAACACGUCUGGAAACGCCACAGCAUGCUGGAGAAAACCAUAUCUGACAGAGGGAGGGUCUUCAACAACAAGUUCUUACAAGCACUAUACAAACGGCUAGGCAUUGAUCCUCACUUCUCUUUGGCAUAUCACCCCCAGAGCAACAGGCAAACGGAACAAGUUAACCCCUCCAUUGAGCACUUCCUCAGGGCAUACUCAGGGGUCAACCAAAGGGACUGGACCAAAUGGCUCCCCAUGGCGGAAUUUGCCUAUAAUAAUGCUGUACAUAGCAGCACAGGCAAAACCCCCUUCAAGGCCUUAUAUGGAUGGGAGCCUACCCUGACACCCUCCAACGUACCAAUGGAUGUCCCAGAAGCAGACAACCUUGCCCAGACAAUGGAAGCACAAUGGAAGGAAGUAGAAUCUGCCCUACGGCAAUCUAAGCAACAAAUGAUAGCUGGAAAAGAUGGGAACCUAACAGAGUUCAAAAUUGGGGAAGAAGCAUGGCUGGAUGCCAGGAACGUCAACCUCAAAACCCUAAGUCCUAAAUUAACAGAACAACAACUAGGACCCUUCAAGGUUAUUGAGAAAAUCUCCAACCAAGCUUACCGCCUAGAACUUCCCCCAACAAUGCAAAUCCACAACGUAUUCUACAUAGGGUUACUAUCCAAAGUCAAAAGGGAUAAAAACCGUGCCUUUGAAAAUUGCCUGCCACCUAUCACUGUAGACAGAGAGGAAGAAUACAAAGUCAAAGGCAUUACGGAUGCAGAAGAAAGGAACAGAAAAUGGUUCUUCAGGGUAAAAUGGAAGGGCUACAGGUCAGAGGAAAACAUGUGGGAACCCUGA